CAAAACCGAGGAGGCGGGGUCCGGCGGGUCGGUGAGGGGCAUCAGGGCUCGGUACUGACAGCCCGGCGGGUUUGGAGACAUGGCGGCCCCGGAGGUGGAGGAGGUGCUGCGUAUCGCCAGAAAACUGGAUAAGAUGGUCUCCAAGAAGAGCAUGGAUGGGGCGUUGGAUCUGCUCAAGCAGCUGAAGAACAUGAUGAUGUCUCUGGACUUGCUGCAGUCCACUCGGAUUGGUAUGUCGGUGAAUGCUCUGAGAAAACAAAGCAAUGAUGAAGAUGUCAUCACUCUGUCCAAAUCUCUGAUAAAGUCCUGGAAGAAGCUGCUGGACGGCUCAGACCAGCGGGGGAAGGAGAGGAGACGGAGUUCCUCGUCCUCGAAGGAUUCCAGGUACCCAUGUUACUCUUCCUACUUUAGCAGAUGUCCGGAACGUUGGCAGAGCCCAGAAGAUCUUUGCUUCCGGUGCGCUCUGACGACAGUCACAGGUCCGCCUGUCGCCCACAUUGGAAUCCCGGGAUUCAGGAGUGCCGUCCUCAAGGUGAAGGAGGAGUACAGCGGAACAGACACUCUAGAGCUCACACCCUACGAUCGAGGAGAUCACAUUGCGAUUGGUUCAGAUUGUGAGCUGUUGGCAGCCCAGAUUGAGGAGGUGGUAUUUGGGGAGGUGCAAAACACUGACAUGAAAUACAAGAACCGGAUCCGAAGCCGAAUCGCCAACUUGAAGGACUCCAAGAAUCCGGAUUUAAGGAAGAACGUGCUGUGUGGCGCCAUCACCCCGGAGCAGAUUGCCAUCAUGACCUGUGAGGAAAUGGCAAGCAAUGAGCUAAAGGAGAUGAGGAAAGCCAUGACUAAGGCGGCCAUUCAGGAGCAUCAGAUGGGGAAGACGGGAGGAACGCAGACGGAUCUCUUCUCCUGCGGCAAAUGCAAGAAGAAAAACUGCACUUACACCCAGGUGCAGACACGCAGUGCUGAUGAACCAAUGACCACGUUUGUUGUGUGCAACGAGUGUGGAAACCGAUGGAAAUUUUGUUAAGGACUCUGUAAGUGACCCGUCUCAUCUUCUCCCGCCCAUUACUGCGCCGCAUGCAAAGACGCCAAUCCAAAACCAAGCCUGCCAUCAUCAUCAUUACUAUGGUAUAUAC